AGAUCUGCCUUCUCACCCUCCCUGAGCUUCACAAGGACUCUGGGUAAUUUACACACAGACACUGAGUCGUGUUUCAACAUCGCCGUUGUGAACAACGUCCGCACAAUGGAAAGAUCGAAUUUCUCCACCAAAUACAAGGAGGUCAUCUCUAAAAGUCUUCUGAUCCAACCAGGAUUUCCUGCUAUCUACCAGCUAAAGCUAAAAAAGGAGGAGAUUGGACCUGUGACAAAAGUAACCUUCGGUAAAAAAAACAUCAACAAGAUAAACAAAACUAUCUUACUUGUUGGAGAAUCAGGGGCUGGAAAAUCAACCCUGAUCAACACUAUGGUCAACUACGCCAUGGGAGUCAAGUGGGAGGAUAAAAUCUGGUUUCAGAUUGUAGAGGAGGACGGGAGCAGUCAGUCUGACAGUCAGACAACAGACGUGAUCGUGUACGAGAUUUUUGGUUUUGAAGGUAAAACUAUGCAGUUCUCCCUGACCAUCAUCGAUACUCCUGGAUUUGGAGACACCAGAGGAUUUGAAUAUGACACAAUUGUUAGUCACAGAUUGUUUGACUUGUUUCGAUCAGAAGAUGGAGUUCAUGAGAUUAAUGCAGUGGGUUUGGUGAUGAAGGCUACAGAUAAUCGUGUUAAUGACAGAUUAUCGUAUGUCCUGAACUCAGUGAUGUCUCUUUUUGGAAGAAACCUAGAGAACAACAUUGUUGCUCUUCUCACUCACUCAGAUGGACAGAGACCCAGAAAUGCCAUUGAAGCCCUUGAACAAACAAAAAUUAAAUGUGCCAAAAAUGAAAAGAACCAGCCUGUUUACUUUCUGUUUGAUAACUGCCAGAAUGAAGACCGAACAGAAGAAGAAGAUGCAGAAUUCCUGCAAAUAGCAGACAAAAUUUCAGACAAAGGAAUGAGAGCACUCACAGCAUUCCUGGAAAUAACUGCACCUAAAAGACUGAUGACCACUGCUCAAGUUUUGAGUGAGCGCAUCAGCCUGAUGGCCUCUAUCCAAAACCUCCAGGCCAGAAUCCAACUGACUGAACAGAAAGAGAUGGAAAUUAAUAAAAUCCAAAAGGCUCUAAAGAAACAUUCAGAGGAGAUGAGGAAGAAUGAAAACUUCACUGUAGAAAUUACAGAAGUCUACAAGGUGAAGGAACCUACUAAAAGUAAAAAGGUGAUGAGGCAUAGUAUUUUUGAAAAAGCUAUGUGCUGCACAGUCUGUGAGGAAAACUGUCACUAUCCUGGAUGUACACUUGUUCCGAGUCCACAACACUGCGAGGUCAUGAAGAAAGGCCGCUGCACUGUCUGCACUGGGAAAUGUCCCGCAUCGGCUCAUGUAAGAGAGGCCUGGAGAUAUGUCAACAAGACCAGGAGAGUUCAAUGGACUAUGAAAGCUAUGGAAGAGAAGUAUAUGAAGAACAAGGCAGAUUGCGAGAAGAAGUUAAGCCUUUUAAAACAUAUGGAAAAGGACAUGAAGGAACUUUCAACACAGAAGUCCCAACUUGUUGAUGAAGCCUUCAGACACGUUGUUCGACUGGAGCAGAUCGCCCUGAAGGUUGAUUCAGUUUCUACAUUUUUGUACUUGGACUUUCUGAUUGAGAAGCUGAAAGAAAAGGGAGAUGGAGCAAAGGUGCAGAAACUGGAGGAGAUGAACAGCAGACAGGAUGAAGGAACUAAAUUAGCACUGCAGUAUGUGUGGGGUAACAUAACAGACACAAUGCAAUGAACAUGAGACAGUCCAGCUUCCUCCACAGCCAUUCACAUCCCUGAACUCAAACUAAAUAUGAAGGCUGUAGUAGCUGUAUUUGGUAAAUUUUCAUCUGAAGUGAAAAACAUCAAGAUUAUUUUAAAAUGUAUAAAAAUAAAUUUGGUGGCAAUGAUACUCAUGAGAAUCAUUUGACCACAAGUGAUAGUAAACACCAUAGAUGAUCAAGCUUUUACAAUGGAAUGUUUGUUGUAUUUGUCUAUUUGUCAAAAAUGUCCAAAUAAGUUAGGACAACAAUGUAGGUUCACUAAAACCAGAAUUAUACCAAUCCAAAUGUAUGCUAGGUCUUAAUUAUUAGCACAAUGUGGCAGCAGAUACAUUAGCUCAGGCAUCUUUUAAAGGGUCUGGGCUUAAAAGAUCCCAAAUAAGGAGUACUAAAUUAUAAGAGCAAAAACAGCAUAUGCAGUCAGUGGGUGUGCUGCACACUAUCUACAAAGAUACUGUGCCCAGUUGACUGCAGGUGCAGAAGUAGUGCAGACCAUCCUAUUUAAAUGAGGAUUUUCUGUGUUACUGCCUCUCAUCAUGGAGUGUCUUAGUGCAGAAUGGCCAUAAAAGAAACAUUAACUUGAAAGACAUGCAGUUGAAGGGAUAGCAAUAAUAACAAUUAUGACAAUAAUGAAGAAGAUAAUAAUAAUAACUUAUUUAAAGAAAGAAUAUUAUUAUUAUUAUUAUUAUUAAGUAUUUCAAAGUGAUAGAACAGAACAGUGAAAACAUUUAAAAUCAAUCAAAAUAAAGCUCUAAACAUCCAUAUUUGACUCCAUAACUCAAAGAGUGCACAAGAGCUAUUUUUAAUUGUUUCACUUUCAAUGUCACUUUGACUCCAUGAUGGUUUUCUGGUCUCUGUUGGCUUAGGGUUAAUGUUCAGCUUUAUUUGUCAACUAACAUGCUAAUUUAAAUAUUGUCAGCAGUCUGACAGCAUUAUUCUAUCUCAAGCUGACAUCUUCUGCCUGCACGAUUUGUAGAGAAUGCAGUUUACUGCCGGCUAUAGAGAUGUGCUCCUGAAGGGAAUCCAGACACAAAGGUGUUACAGUGUCGUCAAGUGAUGGCAUGGUGGUAUUAUUAGGUAAUCCUGCAGCUGAAGUAGUAUAAUUCAAGCUUCAACUUUCUGCAAUAUAGUAAAAACAAAACUGGUUUUGAUGUGAUUGAAAAGUAAGAAUCUCAAACUUAGAUGAUAUAUAUUUGCUGUGUCUUAUUUGUAGAAGUAGAGAACUGUUGAUUGCAUUGAAACUGUAAAACUGUGAAGCUUGGUAAAAGUAUUAGUACUACACUGGGUCUGAUCACAUGAAGCAGAUCAGAACUCAUUAAAAAGCUUUUAAAAGUGAUGCCUGUAGUGAUGCCUGACAUAGGUACUUGUUUCAUAUAUUUAUUUUUGUGAAUACUUUCAUAUAACAAUAUGAAAACCAAAUCUAUUAAGAGGACAGUGGUUAUGUUAUGUGAGGACAUCUUUGUUUUUAGCACAGCAGGAAACACCUAAAGUGGUAAUGUGUGGAAUUACUUGUUGCUUGCAUUUAUAAAUGUUGUAUUUAAUUUUCUUGUUUGUACUAUGAACACCUUUGGCUUGUUAACUGAGAAUAUUUAAAAUGAAUUUAUGAAAAAUAUUUUUCUUUCACUGUGAAUAAAGGAAUCCAUACGAGA